UUAUCAAACUGACAGCGAAGCUAAACGGUCGACGAAAGCGUUGAGAUAUUUUGCGAAAUUUCAACGAAGAUACAAUUUAUCGAAUACUCGAAAGCAAAGCUAUCGUCUAAUCGGUGCACAGCGAUAUUGUUCUACGUGAUUUUUAAUUGAUUUGUGAAUUUCGGUGCGAAUUUUGACAGAUUUUCGGUAAUCGAAAAGCAAGACGCAAUGCCGGAGGACGUAGCCAUGGCCGAUAAUAGCGAAGUCGAGACCUUCGCGUUUCAGGCUGAAAUUGCUCAGCUUAUGAGCUUGAUCAUCAACACAUUUUAUUCGAACAAGGAAAUCUUCAUCCGAGAAUUGAUCUCUAACAGCUCUGAUGCUCUGGACAAAAUCCGGUACGAAUCUCUGACCGAUCCAUCGAAACUCGAGAGCUGCAAGGACUUGUUCAUCAAGAUAAUACCCAACAAAAAUGAUCGCACGCUGACAAUAAUCGACUCGGGAAUCGGCAUGACCAAAGCUGACCUGGUGAACAAUUUGGGAACGAUCGCAAAAUCUGGAACCAAGGCAUUCAUGGAAGCUUUGCAAGCUGGAGCUGAUAUCUCGAUGAUCGGUCAAUUUGGUGUUGGUUUCUACUCGGCUUACCUGGUCGCAGACAAAGUAACGGUCACCUCGAAAAACAACGACGACGAACAGUACCUGUGGGAGUCUUCUGCCGGUGGAUCUUUCACAGUUCGCCUAGACAACGGAGAGCCACUGGGAAGAGGAACUAAAAUUGUGCUGCACAUCAAGGAGGACCAAGCAGAAUACUUGGAAGAGUCGAAGAUCAAGGAGAUCGUAAAGAAACACUCUCAGUUUAUCGGAUAUCCGAUAAAACUUGUCGUCGAGAAGGAAAGGGAUAAGGAACUGAGCGAGGAUGAGGAAGAUGAGCCGAUUAAGGACGUCGAGAACGAGGAUGACAAACCAAAGAUCGAAGACAUUGGCGAGGACGAAGAUGAAGAGAAUAAGACCAAGGAUGAGAAGAAGAAAAAAAAGAAAACUAUAAAGGAAAAGUACACUGAGGAUGAAGAAUUGAACAAAACGAAGCCAAUCUGGACUAGAAAUCCCGAUGACAUUAGUCAGGAGGAGUACGGUGAAUUUUACAAGAGCCUUACCAAUGAUUGGGAAGAUCAUUUGGCGGUAAAACACUUUUCCGUCGAAGGCCAGCUUGAGUUCCGUGCCCUACUUUUCAUUCCUCGCAGGGCGCCGUUCGAUCUAUUUGAGAACAAGAAGAGGAAGAACAACAUCAAACUGUACGUGAGAAGAGUAUUUAUCAUGGACAACUGCGAAGACUUGAUUCCUGAGUACCUGAACUUCAUAAAGGGUGUUGUGGACAGCGAAGAUCUUCCGCUAAACAUUUCGCGUGAAAUGUUGCAGCAGAAUAAGAUUCUCAAGGUGAUAAGGAAGAAUCUUGUCAAGAAAUGCCUCGAGCUGUUUGAAGAGUUGGCUGAGGAUAAGGAGAAUUAUAAGAAAUGCUACGAGCAGUUCAGCAAGAACUUGAAACUGGGUAUUCACGAGGACAGUCAAAAUAGGAAGAAGCUGUCGGACCUCCUCCGCUAUCACACGUCAGCAUCAGGCGAUGAGGCUUGUUCACUAAAGGACUACGUCGGACGCAUGAAGGAAAACCAAAAGCACAUUUACUACAUUACUGGCGAGAGCAAGGACCAAGUGGCCAACAGCUCGUUCGUUGAACGCGUAAAGAAGCGUGGAUUCGAGGUUGUUUAUAUGACAGAGCCGAUCGACGAGUACGUCGUACAACAGAUGAAGGAAUACGACGGCAAACAAUUGGUCUCUGUAACCAAGGAGGGCCUGGAGCUCCCUGAGGAUGAGGAGGAGAAGAAAAAACGUGAGGAGGACAGGGUGAAAUUCGAAAACUUGUGCAAAGUCAUGAAAGACAUCUUGGACAAGAAAGUGGAGAAAGUCGUGAUCUCAAACAGGCUAGUCGAUUCUCCAUGCUGUAUCGUUACCUCGCAAUACGGGUGGACAGCGAACAUGGAAAGAAUAAUGAAAGCACAGGCUCUUCGAGAUACGUCAACCAUGGGAUACAUGGCGGCCAAAAAGCACUUGGAAAUCAACCCCGAUCAUCCCAUUAUUGAGUCGUUAAGACAGAAGGCCGAUGCAGAUAAAAAUGACAAAGCAGUCAAGGAUCUGGUCAUGCUGCUGUUUGAAACUUCACUUCUUGCCUCCGGAUUUGGUCUGGAAGAUCCACAAGUUCAUGCCUCGAGAAUCCACAGGAUGAUAAAACUUGGCUUAGGAUUUGACGAGGAUGAAACAUUGACUGGCGAGGAAGAGAAAAUGGACAGCGAAGUUCCGCCGCUAGAAGGUGACGCGGAGGAGGCAUCGAGGAUGGAAGAAGUGGACUAAAGUAAAUGUUGUACUCAGAUUGUUAGCCAACUCCAAAGACUUUGUUGCCUUGCAAAAAGAAUAUAAGAAAGACUGUUAUAUAAUUAUUUUAGUUUGGCAGAGUUAUGUAUGACUGAUUGUGAGAAAGAAAUUGGGACAUCCGGUUACGUAUUGGGUUUUUCUUUCUCUCUUAUUAACUCUGUCUUCAAGUUUGCGUUUUAAAGAUGUUGCGUGGUACGUGCCAUUAUGCGAGAGUCCUCUCUUCUUCCCUCUCGAGUGUAUUAUUUUUGUACCAUUACUACUUUUGUAAUUAAUUCACCAUUUUUAUUUUUCAUUCCGUAUUUAAGUCAUUCUAGUAAUUAAGUAUAGCAUAUAUUUAGUUGUUUAAAAACGUUGUAUGAAUUAAAGAUUAAACGUUGAGAAUAAAACUAAA